AUGGCCGAUACCACUGAUGGGAUAGAUUUGAAUGAGCUCGGGUUAAAUGGAGAACGUGGUGGUCUAACACAAGAGAAUGAUAGCCAACAACUUGAAAAUGAAUAUGAUUUGGUAACACAAGAUGUUCAAGAAUUGGCAAUGAGUCCAAAGUCUCAAGAUGGACAAGAAUUAGCAAAAAACCCAUUUGUUGGUAUGGAGUUUGAGGAUGAGGAGGAAGCAUUUCGAUAUUACUUGGAUUAUGCAAAGUCCAGAGGUUUUGGGGUAAGAAAGGGUCACGUGUAUCGUUCAUCUCGUUCUCAAUUAAUUACAUGUCGACACUUUGUUUGUGAUAAAGAAGGAGCCAAGUUGGUAGACAAAAGGCAACUGGGAAAAAUUGUUCAAAGGCGUAGAGAUACAAGGACAAAUUGCCAAGCUCGGAUGGUAGUGUCAAAAAUGAAGAAUGGGAUAUGGACAGUAAAGACCUUUGAAGAUGUUCAUAACCAUCAUUUACUAAGAACUCCCUCUAAGGUGAUGAAGAUGCGGUCUCACCGCCAUAUCAGUGUGACGUGUAGAAGUUUAAUGGAGACAUUGCAUAAGAGUAGAGUGGGACCAAGCCAAAUGUCUCGAAUAUUGAAUGAAACACUUUCAAAUACAGGGUCUGCAUCUAUUACCCCGAACGAUUGUUCAAAUCAUUUGAGGGGAGUUCGAAGCAACAAUAUUGGGCAAGAAUGCAUGGCUAUUGUUAAGUUUUUCAAGGAGAAAAAACUCAAUGAUGAUUUUUUCUUUUUUGAUAUGGAGCUUGAUGAGUUUGGUCAAACUAGAUGUGUCUUUUGGGCAGAUGGAAGAUCUAGAGUUGCAUAUUCAGAAUUUGGAGAUGUCGUCAUUUUUGAUACUACUUAUCAAACAAAUAGAUUUUGUUUCCCCUUUGCUCCUUUUGUUGGAGUCAACCAUCAUAAGCAGUCCAUUUUAUUUGGUUGUGCUCUCAUGGCAGAUGAAAAAGAAGAAAGUUUUUUAUGGAUAUUUCAAACAUGGCUGAAAUGCAUGCUAGGGAAACAUCCACAAACAAUUAUUACAGAUCAAGAUUUGGCUAUGGGGAAUGCUAUUGCACAUGUUUUUCCAAAUUCUGGUCAUCGGCUUUGCUCUUUGCACAUUGGGAGAAAUUCAAUGAAGUAUUUAACAGAUUUGAAGAGCAAAGAUGGCUUUAUGAGGGAUUACACUAACUGGUUGCAUCUUAGUGAAUCGAUUGAAGCAUUCGAGGAUAGAUGGGGUGAACUUAAGGCAACAUACAACAUUGAUGAUAAACAUUGGUUGAGUAGGAUGUAUGAAAUUCGGAGCAAAUGGGUUUCUCUAUAUUGGCAAGAUACAUUCACAGCAGGAAUGACCACUACACAACGUAGUGAAAGUAUCAACUCAUUUUUUGAUGGCUUUGUUAAUGCACAAACCCCACUGGAUGAGUUUGUUAUGCAGUAUGAUAAGGCUUUGUUAGCUCGAAGAAAUGUUGAAGAAAGUGAAGACUUCAAGACUUUGAAUUCUAUAGCUAACUUUUAUACGGGUCAUCCAAUUGAGAGACAUGCAGGAGAAGCAUAUACAAGAGCUGUGUUUGAUACUUUCCAGGCAGAAUUGCGAGAAAGUGAUAGCAUGCUUGCUGAACGGAUUCGAGAUGGGUCCGAUAAUGCUAAAUAUGCAAUUUGCAAUCAUGUUGUCGUAUUUGGAAAAAACUGUACUGAAGAUGGGGAACCCUACGCAACGUGCUCGUGUAAGAAGUUUGAGAGAGAGGGUGUGUUGUGUUGCCACAUAUUGAAAAUAUUUAAAAAAAAGGAGGUGCCGAAGAUUCCCAAAAAAUAUAUUCUACGUCGUUGGAGUAUGGAUGCAAGGUAUCAGUCAAGUGUUAUGAUGGUUGAGACCCACAACAAUGCCUUUACACCAUUGAUGAAGUGGAGUGCACAAAAUAUGUGUUUCCGUAUUGCACAGAGUAUAUCAUCUCUAGACAUGUAUGAGAAAAUUAUGCCUAAGCUAAAUGACAUAUUUGAAAUGGUUACUGAAAAGUCAAAUGCACCAGAGCAUUCAUUAAGCAACAAGCAAAAUGAGGAAAAUCAAGAGGUUAUUGGUUCAUGUUCUUUGCCUACCUUCUCAUGUGAUAAUGAUGUUUAUGGGUCACACGUUAGUAUUCUUGAUCCAAAACCUGUCAAGAGCAAAGGGCGGCCAAGAGUAAAUACAAGGAUUAAAUCCGGAAUCGACCUUCAAUUAUCAGCCAAGAGGAAAAGGACUUGUAGUAGAUGUGGGGAAAAGGGUCAUUACAUGACCACAUGCACAUCUGAAAAGGGUUAUUUGUGA